UGACCAAAGCAAGAUGGAGGAAGCGGCAUAGUAAUUGCUCGGAAUGACUACUUUCUAGCCAUUGGUUGUGGGGCGGAGAUGGACGCGUGCUUUCCGGCGCCGCUCCGGUACCAGCCUGUGUUCCGGCUCUAGAGAGGGCUCUGGGGGUUCCGGCCGCAUCGUGGGCUGAAGGAAGAGCGCCGCCGCCGCCACCACCAUGAACAUCCGGAAUGCGAGGCCCGAGGACCUGAUGAACAUGCAACACUGCAACCUCCUUUGCUUGCCAGAGAACUAUCAAAUGAAAUAUUACUUCUAUCAUGGACUCUCCUGGCCCCAGCUCUCCUACAUUGCUGAGGAUGAGAACGGUAAGAUUGUGGGCUACGUGCUAGCUAAAAUGGAAGAAGACCCUGAUGAUGUGCCCCAUGGUCAUAUCACAUCCUUGGCGGUCAAGCGUUCCCACCGACGCCUUGGCCUGGCCCAAAAGCUGAUGGACCAGGCUUCACGAGCCAUGAUUGAGAACUUCAAUGCCAAGUAUGUCUCCCUGCACGUACGCAAGAGUAACCGAGCAGCACUGCACCUCUACUCCAACACACUCAAUUUCCAGAUCAGUGAAGUGGAGCCCAAAUACUACGCCGAUGGGGAAGAUGCGUACGCUAUGAAGCGCGACUUGACACAGAUGGCGGAGGAGCUGCGGAGGCAGGUGGACCUGAAAGAGAAGAGCAAGCACUCUGUCCUGGGCUCCAUUGAGAACAAGAGUGGGGACCACAAGGUCAACCACGUUGGCGAAUGCUGCCGGGAUGAGAAAUGCCCUGGGACUGUGGUGGGCACCGGGCCUGGGGCGGAAGACAGCGGCGACAGCAAAGAUGUCAGCGAGGUCAGCGAGGCCACAGAGAGCACAGAUGUCAAGGACAGCUCAGAGGCCUCUGACUCUGCCUCCUAGCGAGGGCUUUCGCCAGGCCACUCGCUGUCCAGCCCUUGAAGGAUCUGGGUCUUUGCUUGCAGGUGUAAGGUCCCUGCAGGUGGUUUGGAAAUAAAAGUUUAUGGAACCAGAGGGCUGCGUGUGCUGGUAUGGCUUAUGUGUCCUUUCAGUGAAGCUUGCAUAGAGAGGGAGCAUGGAGGAGGCCCACAGCUCCUCUAUAUGUAGCCUAGUUAUUCAGCCCCCCUCCUUCUGUAUUUCAGUUGUAUUUCUAGGGUUGCCCCCUCUUUUCAGAGAGACACCAACCUUUCAAUUUCCAGUGGAAGUGGGAGAAAAGUGCUGAAUCACAUUUUAGGGUAACACUUUUUAUCUG